AUGCUUGGGAAGUGUCGAUUGAUCGAUCUCUCAACAGGGAUGCCUCCGUGUAGUAAGUAACGCGAACAGCAAAACGUGUAGGGGAGCAGCCCCUUGACAUGAUGUCAACCAACCAUCCAUCCAGCCUUACCAAACUGCACUUCCCUUCAACACGUCUUCGUUGAAUGUCAACCCUCGAGUUGCUUUCCUCCACCAUCAAUUGGUGACUGCAUUCGUGAGUUUCACGUGACAUUGGCUGUGCAGGCAGGUAUGACGGAAAAACUGAUACGAAAAACAGACAGUGUAUUGUCAGUGACAGGAGAUGACCCUAUCCCCGAAAAGCGGGGGCACCCACCGUGGCCUGUCUGGGAAAACGACAUCGAUGCCCACAAACACCCCAUAUUCUACAACAACGCUCGCGAAGGAAGCAGGCCACGGGAAAAUACAGCGGAAGGAUUGACUUCGUACGGUUGAGAAUCCAGGUCCAUGGGACACUAAAUGUGAGUCUUCACUGUCAUUGCUACAGAUGGACAACAGCAAGAAUACUGAUAGUUGUAAUAAACGAAUCACACAGAAAAACAGGCUUUGGUUCCGUGGAUUGCGGCUCACCAUCCCGUGGCAGAUCCUCAACGGCUCGGUUCGGUGGAGUGACCGUCGUGUUGGCAGGUGUGUGCCAAUCUUUCAAAAGCAAAGCGCAGGGCGGUGUGACUAACUGAUUGAUUGAACUGUAACAUCACAGGGGUUCCGAAGCGAUGCCUUCCCGUUAUUCCACGUCAUCGCCUGCACAAAUCGUCGACGCUUGCAUCAUGAAUGGCGACUUCUGGGGGGAUCUCUCUGUAAGUAGUAGUCCUUGCCUGACUUUUAGACCUAUACUAACAACAGCCCACGGUGCGAGCGCAGACAGACAUGCGUCUUCUGGCCGCUGCAGACCGCAUGACCGAAACGGAACGGGCAAAGGCAAUACGUCGAUAG